AUGAAAUUCGAUCGUAAAGUAUUGUAUUCGGAUUCUACAAUCACACUAGGAUGGCUGACGAAAUCUCCUAACCAGCUGAACACAUACGUUGCUAAUCGAGUGGCACACGUUCAAGAACUUACACCUAGACCAACCUACGAGUACAAGUACGUGCCCACAAGUCACAAUCCUGCGGACCUUGUUUCACGCGGUCUCUAUCCGGAAAACUUGAUUGGAAAUUCCUUCUGGUGGCAUGGACCACAGUUUCUGCAGCAAUGCAACUACGAAGAAGAAACAAUACAGGAGGUGAUUGAUCUUCCGGAAGUGAAGGUUGCUGCGGUGGUGACCACUGAAGAACGUCAGCUAGAGUACGAUCGAAUCUUCAAAAGGUUCAGUUCAUUCCGAAAAUUGCAACGAAUAUUCGCCUAUGUGAUUCGCUUUGUCAACCGAGCUCGUAAACGAUUCCCUAAUACGGCACAAGAAGUACGUCCUACUGUUGCUGAACUACGAUCAUCGCUUCAAGCUAUAGUUUACAUGAUGCAACAACAACGACUACUACAAGAUAUUCAUGAAGUUCGAAAGAAGCAAGGCACAAAUGAAAGAUACAUCGGAAGACUACGAAGCCUCAAUCCAUGGGUCGACAGUAGUGGCAUACUACGGGUUAACGGAAGAAUCAAACACGCGAACGUAUCAUAUGAGCAACGGUGUCCGGCAAUACUACCAGCCGAUCAUCACGUCACGGAAAUACUAAUUCAAGCUACCCAUGAUGAAAAUCUACACGUUGGCCCGAGUGGAACUCUUUCGGUUUUAAGGCAGCGAUACUGGAUACUCAAUGGACGAAGUGUGAUUCGCAAACAACUACGAAAAUGUCUACGCUGCUUGAGAGUCAACCCUCCAGAGACUAAACUUUUCAUGGGAGAUUUACCCCAUUGCAGGGUAACCCAGGCUCUUCCAUUUGAGCGAACGGGCGUUGACUUUGCUGGGCCAAUUUUUGUGCGCAAAGGAAAUCCGCGCAAGCCAGUGUACUGUAAGGCAUAUGUGUCGUUAUUUGUAUGCAUGGUCACCAAAUGCAUUCACAUUGAGCUUGUUUCUAAUUUAACGACGGCUGCAUUCGUAGCAGCUUUGCAACGAUUUGUUGCCCGACGCGGCAUUCCAACAGACAUGUACAGCGAUAAUGCUACAAAUUUCGCAGGGGCAAAUUCGGAGCUUCACGAACUCUACAAUCUACUGAGACAAGAGUUAACCUUGGAGGCCAUUCAAGAGUUUUGCCUGCCCAAGGAGAUUAAUUGGCACUUUAUCCCUCCUCGCUCGCCACACCUGGGUGGAUUAUGGGAGGCUGGCGUAAAAUCGGCUAAAUACCUAAUCAAGCGCACUGCGGGAGAUGCGAAGCUAACCGAAGAAGAAUGGAACACACUCUUGACGCAAAUUGAAGGGAUACUAAAUUCACGACCUCUUGUACCGCAAACAGCAGACCCAGACGACUACAACGUUAUAACACCCGGUCACUUGUUAAUUGGCCGUCCUCUCACAGCUAUUCCCGAGCCGUCGUAUGAUCACCUCAAACCCGGAACAUUGUCUAGGUGGCAACAUAUUCAAAAGAUGCGUGCUGACUUCUGGAGACGAUGGUCCACAGACUAUUUGUCCGAAUUGCAACAGCGCCGCAAAUGGUCCAAACAGCACACCGAGGUCAAAGUUGGUGAUUUGGUGGUACUCAAGGAAGAUAACGUCCCUCCUAUGCAGUGGAAACUUGGCAGAGUGGUGGACACGCACCCAGGUCCAGAUGCAGUAACGCGAGUAGUAACUGUGAAGACGCCAGUAGGGGUUUAUAAGAGAUCAACAGCCAAGAUUGCACUGCUUCCGUUGGACGACAGGGAGAAGGCGGAUACGUAG